CCGCCCGCGAGUCAUGUGCUCAGUCAAGAUGGCGGCGCUCAGGGUGGCGGUGCUGGUGCUGCUGGGGCUGGGCUGCGCGGCUGCCGCCGUCCCCCUGGUUAUCUGGCACGGCAUGGGAGACAGUUGCUGCAAUCCACAAAGCAUGGGCUACAUUAAGAAAAUAGUUGAGAAUAAAAUACCAGGGAUUUAUGUUCUGUCUCUCAAGAUUGGAAGCAACCUGAUACAGGAUAUGGAGAACAGCUUCUUUAUGAACGUGAAUGACCAAGUGGCAGAGGUGUGCAGCCAGCUCGCACAGGACCCUCACCUGAAAGGAGGUUACAAUGCAAUGGGCUUCUCCCAAGGAGGCCAGUUCCUGAGGGCGGUGGCCCAGAGGUGUCCUUCUCCUCCCAUGCUCAAUUUGAUCUCCGUUGGGGGGCAGCACCAAGGCGUGUACGGCUUUCCACGCUGUCCUGGUGAGAGCUCCCAUAUCUGUGACUGGAUCCGAAAGACACUGGAUCUGGGUGCCUACACGCAAGCUGUUCAAGAGCACUUGGUACAAGCAGAGUAUUGGCACAACCCUCUGAAGGAGGAGGACUACAGGAAAAGCAGCAUCUUUUUGGCUGACAUAAAUCAGGAGAGGGGCAUCAAUGAGACAUACAAGAAAAACCUGAUGGCUCUGAAAAAGUUCGUGAUGGUGAAAUUUCUCAAUGAUACCAUGGUUGACCCUCCGAUCUCUGAGUGGUUUGGGUUUUACAAAAGCGGCCAAGCCAAGGAGAUUAUCCCGCUGAAGGAGACCUCGCUGUACACAGAGGAUCGCCUGGGGCUGCAGGAGAUGGAUAAAGCAGGAAAGCUGGUGUUCCUGGGGGUGAAAGGAGAUCACCUGCAGUUCUCAGAAGAGUGGUUUGACACCACUAUCCUCCCCUUCCUCCAGUGAAGCUAAGGGCAGGCAUGCUGUGAGGGCACUGGGGAAGUUCUACCACUGUAGUUAAUGCAGCUGCUACUGUGCAACAGCACUUUCUUGCAUACAAGCCUGCAGGGAGCUGGGGAGGGGGAAGAAGGGGAGGUUUAGCUCAGCAGUUCCAAGGUGUGCAGAGGAGGCACCUGUUACUGCAGUAAGAGACCAGGAUUUGGUUGGGUGUAAUUAUGCCCCAUUAUGGGUGGACUGGGCCUUGCACUAACUCUGAAGCAUGCCCUCCUGUACAGGCCCUUGUAAGUCUACUUCACUUCUCAGAGCUGUUGCUGUGCCAGUCACUUGAUGACAGCAAAAUGAGCCGUGCGAGAGGCUUGUUGUCCCUGUUGCCUGUUCCUCGCAGGAUUCAAUGGCAGUAUUAACUGAAUAUUCCAGUAUUCAAUUAAUGAAUCUGUGAAAACUAGUACAAGAAUGCUGAGUCUUUUACAGGGAUCAGCAAGUAGACUUACAUGGCUGUAUGCAGAGGAGAGAUAUUACAGCCUAACCUUAAGGUGGGGGAAAGGGACAAAUUUAGGAGUUUCGGGGGAAAAAGGUCUUGAAUUAAGCACGUAAUAACAGCUUGAAUGUUUUUCAACUAAUGGCUUGUUUUAUGCAUUUUUUGUACAGCAACUGAAAUCAAUAAAGAACUUUACAUCUA